AUGCUUUUUCAUCCAUUUUUCUUGUUACUUGAUGUUCAGGUUCUCUCUCUCUCUCUCUCUCUCUCUCUCUCUCUCUCUUCCUCCUUCUCCUCCUCUCUUUCUCCCUCCUUCUCUCUCUCUCUCUCUCUCACACACACACACACACAUGCACGCAAACUCACUCUCGUUGAUGAUUUUACAGUGUCAAAUCAACCAAGCCUCUCAUCGAUCGAUGGUCAACAUGUUCGCUUCGCAAACGAUUUCCCCAUUGUCUCGCCUCAAAAUGAUUUACUAAAGCAAGUACCGUUUGGUGUUCCUAAUUUUCACAAAACUGGAAACUUCUGCAUUUUACACACAGAUGCUUUUUCCCUGGCAAAAAGUAACGAUAUCCAAAUGCCUCUGUGGUUCGCCUACAACCUACCAAAAGAGAACUCCAGCAAUCUGAGCAAUUAUGGGCCGAUCAGUUGUAUGGAGAAUGCGAACCAUAACGUGACGACUGGAAGUCUGUUCUUUUCUGGCGAGCAAUAUGAUAACGGUUCAAGUAAAGUCCCCAUGUACAAAGAAUUUAAAGAAGUCGUGUCUGUCUCUCUCUCAAGACCACUUGCCACCCCUCCAUCUCUUUCUGUUUCAUGCUGCCUUGACAGCCUCAGCCAUUGUCUUUCCAGUUCACCUUUUAAUAUCCUCAAACGAAGUCAUGGGUGGUCGCCCCUGGUGCUGCUUGCCUUCUACUGGGCGCAACAGAAUAUCCUUAUCGAAGCUGUCUCCUCGCAUAAUAUAACGGAACUUCCUUAG